AUGGGAAACACUAAAUCGAAGAAAGUUCAAAGGGAACCUGACAAGUUUUUUGAAAGGGAAAGAUGGAAGGAGCAGAAGAGAGAGGAGAAGAAGAAGAAAUAUGUCAAUCCAGCAAAUAAAAGGGUGGGUGUCAAGGAACCACCCUUGACUCCGACGUCGGCUUUGACGCCACCACCUCCGGUUAUUAAACCAGCACCAGCCAAUGUCCGGUCCUAUGACGAUGAAGUGCUAGACCGCAUGAGAUAUCAGCUUAACAAUGAUUCGGAUGCUUUUUUAUUGAAUAACAUACUUCUUUCCGUUCAGUUUUUUGAGGAUUAUGAAAGAGAAAUACAUAAUAUCAAAAACAACCCAAUUAAUGAGCGAGAACAUACAAUGGACGAAGAAAUGGUACGACGGCAUAAGCAUGUGUUUUUCGCUGACCGUCUUCAAGAAUGUGUCCAAGAACAUAUUUCAUAUCAAAGACGACGAGAUCAUACAGAGCCUCUGAUUGCUCCACGGCUUUUUAUUAUUUAUGAUAACGUUGAGGCCAGUGAACCAGGAGACACAUCAGACUACUGUGCCGUUCUAGAUGCUCCAUUUUAUAAACUUCGCAUAGAAGAUUGUAAGGAGUCAGGGUUCGUUAAAUUAAAGAAAUUAGAAGUUUUAGAAAGCAGUUUAUCGAAAGAGAAUGAAACUAUGCAUAAACAUCAGAUUCAUUCAGAUGACAGCAUCUAUACAGAUUCUGAAAAAGAGUCAAAUGAUUCUGAUGACUACGUAAAAGAUCGUCUAGGAGAAUCAUUGAGACUAUAUGAAAUACUAACGUGUAGAAACCCCUUGCACAUUUUAAAUCCAAACAUACCUGAAACAAUUCCUCAUUACAAAGAUAGUUCGGACAGUGACAGUGACGACAACAUCAAUUUCUGGGAUAAGGCUAAAGCUCAUGACAAACACUAUCAAUGGAAAAAGGAACGACAACGUCAGCUGAAGGAAAGGCGGAGAGCAAAUACAAAUAACAAGAAAAGAGGCGGAGUCAAAGAAGAGAAAGAAAUGAAUAAAAACAUAAUACUUCCGGCUAAAAUGCAAGCGGAACGUAGACGUUUGGUGUUGGAAUUCUUCAUUCCUCAUUUCAUUGCAAUGGCACGUUCGAGUGAAAAAUUUGAUGUCAUAAAACAAGCCGUUAUUUAUUUGGAGCAAGCGCACAGACUUUGUCGCCUUUUAAUGGAUGAGCCUGCUGGCGAUGUAACGGCAAAUGAAUAUUUAGACGUUAUUCGUGAUAAACUAACAGAUUGUCAGAGAAAACUGGCAAAACAGGUUGUUUACAAAUUGCCACCGCGUAUGGACAGCUAUUCUGACCGCUCUGGUAAUUCCAAUUUGAUUCGGAAACAUCGGCCUAGAUAUGAACAUAUAAUUAAUCAAGAUUCACCUAAUGACACCACUGGAAUUGCGCCUUUCACUUUUGUCGAUGUGCAUGUUGAGGAUUCGAGUAAAGAAAUUAAAAGACUUACAGUCGCAUUUGAUCCAGAAGAAUCUAAAUUA